AUGGCAUCAACGAAAUUAACUAAAGGAUCUAUUGCGCGUUAUAAAACUGGGGAUACUCAACAAUCACCAAUUGUUAAAAUCACUAACGUUCGAGUAUGUGGUGAAUCUUCUACAGCAGCAAGUAAUGAUAGUGAACGUUAUCGUUUAUCAAUAAGCGACGGUCAAGAUACGUUUGAUGCUUGUGUAUUAUCACCUGACCUAAAUAAAUUGAUUAAAGAAAAACGUUUACAUGACAAUUCCAUUGUUCAACUUGAAAAAGUUGUACAUAAUUCAACAGCUACUGGAAAAUCAUUUUUAAUAAUUAUGGAUUUAAUCAUUUUACCUGAAUCUUCUACAACAACAACUUCAAAUAAUAAUAAUAAUAAUAAACAAGCGAAUACAAAUAUUUGUCCAAUAGCGAUGAUCACACCGUACUUAAACGGAGUAUGGAAAAUUCGUGCACGAUGUUUUGCUAAGAGUGCAAUUCGACCACAUCCUGUAUGUGAUUUUGAUUUCGUUGAUGCCAGCGGAGAAAUUCGACUAGUUGCAUUUCGUGGUGAAUGUACUCGUUUUCAUCCGAUGAUCGAAAUAGAUAAAAUCUAUGAUAUUAUGGGUGUACGAGUAAAAACAGCAGAUAAACGUUGGAAUACUCUUCAUAAUGAUUAUGAAUUAACACUAAAUUCAGGUUCAAUUGUUCGAUUAGUUAAUGAUCCUUCUGUAAAUACUAGUAUUCCUGAUGUACAUUAUGAUUUUAUUCCACUUCGAGAUGUUUCAAAACAUACCAGCGAAUCAUAUAUUGAUGUUAUCGGUAUUAUUGAUACAUGUUCGGAUGCAAUUCCAUUUACUAGUAAAACAUCUGGUAAAGAUUCAAAACGUCGAGAAUUAACAUUAAUUGAUGAACAUACGAGUAUGUCUGUAACUUUAUGGGAUGAUCAAGCUGAAGAUUUCGAUGAAGAAUUAGCAGAAAAUAAAACUGUUGUUGCAUUUCGACGUAUUCGAGUCGCUAUUUAUAAUAACAAAUAUAGUUUAUCUGGUAGUAAAAAUAUGAUUAUGAAAAUUAAUCCAGAUCUUAAAGAAGCGAAACAUUUAAGAAUAUGGUAUGAUGCUGGAGGUCAUUCAAUGCAUAGUCAGAUAACAACAACAACAACAACACCAACUCGUCCAGCAUUAGAUGCAUCAUGGAAAACAAUUGGACAAAUUGAAAAUGAAGAACUUGGUAGAAAAGGUCGACCAGAUUAUGUCAUGUUAAAAGCUACAUGUAUGCAUAUAGCAGAUAAUCGAGUUAUUUAUAUGAGUUGUCCAAAUGAUGGCUGUUCAAAGAAAGUGAAUAAAUUAUCAUCGGCUCUUUAUCGGUGUGAUAAAUGUCAACAAGAUUUUAAUGAAUGUCAUUGGAAUUAUAUGUUUCGUGCUGAACUUACUGAUUCUACUGGUGCAAUUUGGGCUUCGUUUUUUGGACAACCAGCUGAACAACUUAUGGGCUAUGUAACAGCCGAACAAUUCGCUGAUGCUAAAGAGAAUGCUAAUGAAUUACUUAUGCAAAAGUAUUUGAAUAAAAAUACUUUCCGUGAAAAAAUCUUUCGUUUACGUAUCAAUGAAGAAACAUUCAAUGAUAUAACUACAGUUAAAAUCUCAUGUAUAUCGAUUAGUGAUAUUGAUUUUAGUGAAUAUGGUCAUCGUUUAAUUGCAAAUAUUCAAAAUGGAUUUUAA